AUGAGCCAAUCACAGCAAUUUCCUCCUUCACUGCGUCAGACGCAGGUGGGCUCCAUGUCUUCUGCGUCUGCGUCUGCUCCUCGCGCUGGCUCUGGCUCUGGAUCCGGCCCUCAACCCCAGCCCCAGCACGACGAAUUGCACAUGUCGGGCUUGAGCCAAACUGGUGCUCCAAUUUCCAUGUCGCCUCAAGACUACGAGAACCCUCCUCAGAUCAAGUUCGAGUCUUCGCCCUCAAACGUCCACUACAGGAACCCCUCCAACUCUUCGGUGCCCAACGUCCUCCAACCCGCCGGUGGCCUGUCCGCUCGCGGCGCCCCAGCCUCGCCCAACUUGCCCUCGCCGAUGCAGCAAUCCUCUCCCGCUGCCUCAUCUGUUCCUCACCAGCCGCCGACGCAAGGUCAACACCAGCAGCAUCCUCAUCACUCACAGCAGCCGCUGCAGAUCCCUUCGCAGCACGGCCAGCCUUCCCACGACUAUUCAAACUCGCCCUCUGCCGCUGCGAGCAAACCACCACUCAGCAUGUCUCAUAGCUAUUCUCGCUCCAGCCCAGCCGCUGGCUACGAUGGCUCUUCCAAUUACCACGCAUACACGCCCACUACUCCCAGCGGUGCUUCAUCUUCACAUUUGAUGUCUCCAAUCGAUCCCGCCAGAUACAAUGCUCCAGGAUCUCAGCGCACCAUCUCCAACACCCCGCUUGGCCUAGCUGAUAUUCGUCCCCGCGCCGACUCGAGCAUGUCCGAUGGCCAUGGAGCUACUAUGGGAUAUGACGCCAAUAGCGCGCAGCCAGGAACAAGCAAUUACCUCGCGCCAUGGGCCAUUUACGCUUUCGACUGGUGCAAAUGGCCUGCCCAGGGCAAUAGUGCUGGCAAGCUCGCCGUGGGGAGCUAUCUGGAAGAUGGUCAUAACUUUAUCCAAAUCCUCGAUAGCCACAUCACACCAACACCUCAAGAUGUUUACACACCUGGCUCAUCUAAAUUUAGUCUCGAAUUCACCAAGGCUGCCGAAGCUACCCACUCUUAUCCUGUGACGCGCUUGCUAUGGGAGCCGCCCUCGUCGCAGAAGCAGUCUACUGACCUGCUCGCGACUUCGGGCGAUCACCUGCGAUUGUGGUCUCUUCCUAACGAGAAUCCUGCUACGCCUAGCAGCACCAUCGGUCGCCGCGACAACCCUACCACCAAGUUGACACCUCUCGCGUUACUCUCCAAUUCCAAGACACCAGAUCAUACUGCGCCUCUAACGUCGCUCGAUUGGAACACCGUUUCUCCCAGCCUCAUCAUUACUUCCAGCAUAGACACGACAUGUACUAUUUGGGAUAUUCCCUCACUCACGGCCAAGACCCAACUUAUUGCCCACGAUAAAGAAGUUUAUGAUGUUAGGUUCUGUGCCAAGAGUGUGGAUGUUUUUGUUAGCUGUGGUCAAGACGGUAGUGUCCGUAUGUUUGAUCUUCGAAGUUUGGAGCACUCUACAAUUAUUUACGAGCCUACGGGCAAGGAAGAGCGAGACCCCAACGGUGGCCGUGUUAGUCCAACACUCGCUCAGCAAACGAUGGCGAAUCCUCCCCCGCUACUACGGAUUGCUACUUCACCUCAUGAUACCCAUCUUCUCGCUACAUUUGCUCAGGAUUCCAACGCUAUUCGCAUUCUGGAUGUGCGACAACCCGGCCAGGCUUUGCUCGAGCUACGCGGUCAUGGCGGAAACAUCAACUGCAUCGAAUGGUCACCUCAUCGCCGAGGAAUGCUUGCUUCAGGUGGUGACGAUUGCCAGGUCCUCCUCUGGGAUCUUUACAAUUCCAACCAGCCUAUGAACGGCGCUCCUCAACAAGAGAACCCCAAAAGCCCUGUUGCUAGCUGGCAAUGCGAUUACGAGAUUGGUAACCUUGGCUGGGUACCUCAACUACCUAACUCCGAGUACGGCGAAUGGCUCGGCGUUGGUGCAGGACGCGGUAUCUGGGGAACACGAGUCGCGUGA